ACCAAACUCAAGUUCUCUCUACAUUUUUUCGGCCUGAUUCGUGUUCGACGCUUUCCUCAACAACAACUGCUGACGCCGAGCCCAUGUCUUUACGCUAGUGUCAAUGGCAUCAUUUGGCCAGUAUCACGAUCAGAACCUUGCAUCCCGAAACCCGUUCGCUUCUCAUCCCUCCUCGCUCUCCUCCACCUUUCAGCCACCACCGCUGCCUCCGUCCAACGCCCCGUCUCCGUCUUCUGCUUCCUCGUCUUCGUCCGCAAACAACACCUUCGUCAUGCCCGCUCCUUCAGCGAGGUCCAAGAAGCCGGCCGGCGAUUCGUACAAGCCCAAGAUCAUCACAACCGUAGGCGCAAGACCAGCAUGCUUAGUCAAUGCGUCGGUCACGUACGUCGGCAACAACCAGAUAUACGCGUUCGGCGGCUUUGAUCAGUACACAGACGAAGUGUACAAUCAUGUGUUGAGGCUGGACCUUACGACCAAGCAGUGGAGCCUGGUCGAUAACUACGGAGACAUACCUGGUGUUAGGAUGGGCCACACGGCCAACUUGUGGCAGGGAGACAAGAUUCUAGUGUACGGCGGCGAGAACGAGCACCGGGCAUACCUUUCCGACGUUAUCAUCUUCGAUCUGAAGACGGCACAUUGGACGCAGCCGGAGUUGCACGGACCGCCACCCAGAGGGAGGGCUAGACAUGCGUCCGUUAUUCACGACGAGAAAUUGUACAUCAUGGGUGGAAUGGCCGGCAAUGAGAGCUACGUGCUUGACGAUAUAUGCUACCUCGAUCUCAAGACGUGGACAUGGUCAAAGACCUGGCGGUUUGUACCUCGCUAUGAUCACACCGCCUGGAUCUGGGAUGGUAGAAUAUGGGCCUUUGGCGGGCUCGGCGAGGAUAUGGAGCGUACGAGUGAGAUCUGGUGGAUCGACCUUAGGGGAAACACGACGAAUGCCUUCGAGAGGAAACGGCCGCAGGCUCGGCUCGCAACAGGAACGGAGCGUAGUGGUCUUCCCAACACAGGCACUUCCGGUUAUGCAGCCAACACGAGCAGUUUGACCACUGCUUCUCACUCAAUGCAUAGACAGGCUAACACGCCGCAUGCUCCAGGCAGCAUUUCCUCCCUUAAGUUCUUGUCGAGUCCCAAUCUACCACCGCAGGCUGUUGGAUCACAUUUCCACAUGUUCUCAUCUGGGUGUCUGCUUGACUUUUUGACGCCAGCGACCGUCUUGUCGUCGCUCGAAACCAGUCUCUCGGCAUUAGACUUGGACACCUUGAGAUGGCAGAAACUUGCAGAUGGCAAGGAUCUGUUUCAUCCCGGCUACAGAUGGCAUUAUUGCGCCAUGGACGAGGACGGUACACAUGCUUGGCUACUAGGAUGUCCUUCAGAAUCGGCCACGGAUAACAGUGACUUGGCUUCCGAAGCUUAUCUGAGCGAUGUGCUGCCUAUUGAUCUGCGUAAACUUGGCGUUUUGGGCAACAGGCUCUCAAGCGAGGUUCGACGGAACGGCUUUUCUACACCUGCUUCAGAUAUGACGCGUGAAUCGAGUCUCCUCGGUAUCGGUGCGGACCUUGUGCAGUUGUUCGAUCAACCUCCCGAAGCGGGGGGCAGCGCUGACUUCACUGUGACUGGUGAACUGGAUGACGACGAUGAAGCUUCACAAAAUGUCUCAGAUGCAGACGGCUCGACCACAUUGAGACCAACGUCGAAACCGAUACAUGUCCAUCGCUUAAUCUUGCAAGCUCGAUGGGCCCACUUCAAUCGCAUGUAUAAUGCACAGAUGCGCGAGUUCCACACUCGCAACCUACACAUCCCUGAGCCAUACAGUGUAGUGCGCGCAUUCCUAUUCUACCUCUACACGGAUUCUAUCUAUGACAGUCGGGUCACUCUUACAGACGUAGCCGGCCUAUUGGUCAUGGCUGAUCUGUACGAUAUGCCGCGACUCCGAGUUUUGUGCGUGAAUCGCCUGGGUAAGGAGCUAGACGUCGAGCAUGCUGCAAUUAUUUGGGAGCGUGCCGGCACGGCUGGAGAGGACUGGCUUAGAAAGAAGGCAGCGACAUUCUGCAUGAAUAAUUGGGGACGCGUUGUGCGGUCGAAAAGCUUCAAGAACCUGCGCCACACGAGCCUUUUAGAAUUAUGCGAGGAGGUAGACAUUGACAGCAGGAUCUUGUCUGGGGAUGAGGUUGAGAGGCUCAGCGGCGGACUGGGAGGAUUGGGUGGUCGUGGUGCUGUCAGAAAAGGUAGCAUUGGUCUUAGUCUUGCCGAGGAGGAAACGGGUGAGGAGGACGAUGCUGAUGACGGGAUGGAUGUCAGUUGAGCUGAAAGAGAAAAGUCGCCGAAAGGCUGGACGUCUGCCGAUGCUUCUCUGGCUAGAAGAAGGAAGCCAGUUGCACGUCUCCGAGUUGGGGCGCAUAUUUUGACCAUCGAUCUCGGCGGGAAGUCUGCUAUUGUGGUGCCGCACGGGUAGGGUUUGCCUUCCCUCUUUCUUUAACAAUUUAUAUAGCGUUUCUCACGGUGUGACGAACUUUGGCAAGGCAAGCAAGUAAAUGAACCCAUGAGAAUCCAAGUACGAGCAUUUGGGAUCUGGAGCUUGGUUGACACGAUGGCGUUCUUUUGCUGAGCACGGAGCCUUUCAUUGUUGGGAGCGGAGUACGAAGCAGACAUUCUUGUAGGGACUAGUGAUAGAAAUGGAUCUUUGAUUGAAUUGCCA